AUGCCACUUCCAGAGGUUCCACCAAAUCCUCCAAUACCUGGCCUUGAAGGUCCUCCGGGACUUGGAGUUGGUCUAGGAUUUGUAAGAGAUGAGAGGCUAAAAUUUGGCAAUCCAAGGCCGGUGGAUCCUCCAGUCCCAAGAGUUGGACCGCUUCCUCCUCCGGUAACAUUUGGUCCUCCACCAAAUCCAGAUCCGGGUCGAUUAAAGGAGCCAGCGAAGGGACCUGAAGAGGAUCCAGUUGAUCCUCCAGGUCCUGAGGAUCCAGGUGGACCGGUGGUUCCAUCCUCAGUCCCAAUAAUACGAUUGAGAAGACCGAACAGUUUGACUGAUUUACUUUAA